AUCAUUACUCUGCCCUCUCCCCUCAUUGUGAAUAACAGUUGAGUAUAAAAGCUUUGGUGCACCUCCUCACUGGACCUGGCAACGCUCCUGAAGUCCAGAGCUCACCGCACAAACAUGCCUGUGGAUUUCACUGGAAAAUGGGAGCUGGAGUCGAGCGAAAACCUUGAAAAUUACCUUAAAGCGCUGGACAUUGACUUUGCCAUCCGCAAGAUUGCGGCCCACCUUACUCCAAUAAAGACCUUUGUCCAGGAUGGGGACAACUUUGUGAUUAAGACACAGAGUGCCUUCAAGAGCUAUGAGCUGAGCUUCGCUGUUGGAGUUGAGAAGGAAGAAUUUACUAAGGGAUUUGACAACAGGAUGCUAAAGGUGAACUAUACAUAUCAGGGCUUUAAGGGAUGGAAACACUGGAUAGAAGAUGACAAACUGUAUCUGGAGCUGACAUGUGAGGACGCUGUGUGCCAGCAAGUGUACAAAAGAAAAGACUGAUUUGUCAUGUGAUUCAGUUCAUGUUGUUCUACUAUCAAGUCUAUCAAAAUCGAGCUGUGUAUUAACCCGAUUAACACUUUCAACACUUCUGUAGGAGAAUGGGUUUUCCUUCUGUCUAAAUAAAGAUAAUGAGAUGUUAUGACUCAUCAUUUCUUGUGAAUGUAACUUAGUUAAACUUAAAAAUAAAAAAUAGUUUUCUCUC